AUGAGGCGUCAAUGCAAAGACAUUGAUGAAAAAGAUUAUGAUGCAGAUCCAAAAUUGCAAUCUUCUUUAAGAGGUUUAUACUUUGAACUUGGUCCUUGCACUGUUAACCCAGGAGGAAAUGACACAGCUUUUAAUCCUUACUCAUGGAAUAGCAACUCUAAUAUUAUUUUCUUGGAUCAACCAGUUAAUGUAGGAUAUUCUUAUGGUGGUGAAAAUGUAUCUGAUACUUUCACUGCUGCAUAUGAUGUAUACGCAUUUUUACAAAUCUUUUUCCAAGAGUUUUGUCAAUAUGCUAAUUUAGAUUUCCAUAUUGCUGGUAAAAUUGUACUAAAAUCAUUCGUAUUAACAG